AGCACGCCUAGUGGAUAUCAAUGACCACCAGGAACGCGGGCGUCAUCGUCACAACGACCGGAACAAUCAUAGUCUCAUGGACAAAGCUGGAAAUGUUACAAUUUUAAAUUGUUUCGUUAUUUUCAUUAAUUUUUACGAAAUCCGUCUCAGUGGCAAUAACAGUGUAACAGCGUGAGGUUUGGAAUUCGUAAGAUUUUGUCUAAUUAGGUAAAUAGCCAUGCAUAUACAGUGCAUACAUUAGAGAUUCAUACAUACGGUCUUGAGCUCCCAUAUCUGGGCUAAGCGUGUAGCUACAAAUUGUCAAUGUGUACUGUACUACAUGUACAUGUCUGGCAACAUCGGAAUGUAAGCGAUUUAUUUUGGUUUUUCCUACCGCGUGCUUGAACGCUCACGGAAUGCAAGCAAAAUGGCUUCGUCUGAUUCGAUCACACAGUUCACGUGCUUUCGCGUCUGCCUCCGCAUCCGCAGAACAAUAGUGACGAGCAACCGCUGACGUACAGCGUCACACGUCAUUCAUCGUCUAGUCUAGCAAAGCUGCUGCAGUAGUAGCACACAGGAAUGUGUGUGUAGCUGUUGAAUGGGCACCAUGGGACUUGCGUGUUACGUGUGUGUGUGGUGGCUUUGCGCAUCGAGUUUUGCUGCAGGUCGACCUUCUGUUGUAGCUCACAAUGCGACUGCUCAACUCGGUCAGCAAGCUGUGCUGACAUGCACUGGUCAAGACUUUCACGAAGUUAACUGGCUGUUUAAAGGGCAGCCAGUGAACGACGACGACAGUCACGUUUUGCAAGAAAACAGCCUUUUUGUAAACUUCGUGCGUUCACAGGACGAGGGGUUUUACACGUGUGAGGUGACCAAUAAUAUCAUCAAUGCAAGAGCAUAUGCUUAUCUGUCUGUUGAAUCUUUUCCAGUUGUUCUUUCUCACCCAACAAAUUUGUCAACAAAACUUGGUGAUGAGGGCAAGUUUGUUUGCACUGUUGAAGGCACUCCGACUCCAAGUGUAUUAUGGCAGCAUAAUGGUGUGAAUGUGGAUUUUGCCAGUGGUCAUUACAGAGUUGAUGGAGAUGAGCAAACUCAUACACUGAUUAUUGACGUUGUGUUGGACAGUGAUGCAGGGCUAUAUCAUUGUGUAGCUAGCAAUAGAUUUGGAAGCACUAUCUCGAGGUCUGCUUUGCUGAUGGUUAAUGAAAGUGAAGUUACAGUGAAUUGUCUUGGUCAAAAGAAAUCAACAACCAAAACUGUUUUUGAGGGAGAGAAUGCGAUUUUAUGCUGCGGCAGUGACAAACAAGGAAAUUUACCAACUUGGCAAAAGGAAACAGUUCCUAUAGAGGUUGACAAGAGUCAUCGAAUGUUUAUGACUAAUAUGUGGGCACUCAUGGUGGUCGCAGUGCAAUAUGACGACAAAGGAGCAUACCAGUGUAUCACAGACACAGUAUCCUACACAACUACUUUGACAGUAGAAGGCAAACCACCUCCAAUGCCAGUAAUUCAGGAAGCAAGAGUGACAGAUGACCAACUGGUAUCUGUUCGAUGGUUUGUUCCGGUAACAAUCACACACUGGCCCAUCACGAAGUUUGAAAUUUCGUGCUAUUCAUUUAACCAAUCAGAAUGGCUCAACAUCACUUUGUCAUCAUUCACUUCAUCUGCAACUGUGAACUGCUUGAACAAAACCAGCAGCAAUUUGCAAGAUAUUGGCAUCGUUGUAACGGCUCUUAAUGUUAGAGAUGAAACAAGUUCACAACUGAAACGUUUGUUCUACAGGCAUAGAUUGCCAACAGCAACACCAGUUAUACCUAAAAAGUCGUGCAAACGUGCGAAUGAUACUGCUGGUGACUCUGAUGGUGCUGAAUUGGACGUAAUUCUUGGUUUUGGAAUUGGGAUAGCACUCAUUAUUUUGUUGAUUGCGUCUAUUAUUGUGAUCAUGGUCGUUCGAAGGCUUUGGUUACGUAAGGGGUACGUUGUACCAAAUGGUGAAGUUGGAAGGAAGAGAAAUGAAGCUGAAUCAUUCUACAACAUAAAUGGAGACAACUUGCAGCAUGGCCAGUACAUGCCUGCUGCUAGAGAACAGUCAGGAGAACAUUUAUACCAGGAGCCUGUCUUACCACCAACUCCUCCUUCUCGAGACCAGUGUCCACAAAGGAACAACUACUCCAACUUUUCAGAUACAGCAGAUGGUCAGUACGAAAACAUAUCCGAGACAGCUUCCUCUUCUUGCGAUACAGAAUACUUAGAAAGUGGAGAAUUCAGCAGCAAGGAUUGUGACGAAAUCUCAGAACAACCGAAACCUGAGCUGAGUGCAGAUGAUUUACUUCAAUCAAGAUUUCCAAGAACUUUCAGUCUAGUGUAUGAGAACAAAGAGGCCAAAGGUGAUGAUAAUGAAGCCGUUAGUGCAUCGCUGAAUUUUGUACCACAAGUCAAGUUGCUUGAUAAGCAAGACUCUAAUCAGCAACGGACAAUCAUUUUUAUCGACAAAAACAACUCGAGCUCAUAAGUUCUUGUCGAGAUGCAGUAGGCUGGAGUGCAUGUUAGACUGUGUUUUGCUGAUGUAUAGCAACCCCUUACAAUUGACACAUUUACGUAUGCAUUGCAAUAUCUAUUAGCUACCUUGGAGUCUCUUGCAAUUGUACAGUUCAAAACAGUCGAACAGUAGAGUGUAGCGAUUCGCAUAUAUUCUAACCUCGUUGUCUUUUAAUUAAUUAAUUAACAUGCUCAAGUAAAAUAAUCACACUU